AUGGACUCCAAGCAAUUCAGAGAGGCUGCCAUUUCCUCGAUUGACGACAUCGUCAAGUACUAUGACAAUAUUGAGGAUCACAAGGUGGUUUCGUCUGUAGAGCCUGGUUACUUGAGGAAAUUACUCCCAGAUCACGCCCCUGAAGACGGCGAGGCCUGGGCUGAAAUCCAGAAUGAUGUCCAGUCAAAGAUUGUUCCUGGACUUACGCACUGGCAAUCGCCAAAUUUCCUGGCCUGGUUCCCGUCGUCGUCCAGCUACCCAGCGAUGCUGGGCGAGAUGUACUCGACCGCAUUCACUGGUGCAGCUUUCAACUGGAUCUGCUCUCCAGCCGUCACCGAAUUGGAGACCAUCGUCCUAGACUGGCUGGCCAAGGCGUUCGCUUUACCAGAGUGUUACCUGUCCACCGGAUCCACGCACGGAGGCGGCGUGAUUCACGGCACUGCAUCGGAGGCUAUCGCCACUGUCAUGGUCGCAGCUCGUGACAAGUAUCUUCGCGAGGCAACAGCGCACCUCUCAGGCGAGGAGCAGGAGGACGCCAUUGCCCUGAAGCGAAGCAAACUCGUGGCUCUUGGGAGCGCCGCCACUCACAGCGCGACAAAGAAAGCAGCCAUGAUCACCGGCGUGCGCUUCCGAGCCGUGCCUGUCCAUGCCAAGGACGAGUACAAGAUGACGGGCGAGGGCUUGCGCACCAUGAUUGAGGAACUCCGCGCCAAGGGCCUGGAGCCGUUCUACGUCACAACGACGCUGGGGACGACGGACACAUGCUCGACGGACGACUUCGACUCGAUUGCAGCCGUGCUCGAGGAGCUGGCGCCGCCGGGUAAGGGCGAGAUCUGGGUGCACGUCGACGCAGCGUACGCGGGUGUGGCGCUCAUCUGCCCGGAGUACCAGCACCUGGCGGCGCAGUUCCACCGCUUCCACAGUUUCAACACCAACAUGCACAAGUGGAUGCUGACCAACUUCGACUGCAGCGUCCUGUUCGUGCGGCAACGCAGCUGGUUGGUCGAGGCGCUGAGCGUGACGCUCGCCAUCCUGCGCAACGACUACACGGACUCCGGUCUCGUAACUGACUACCGCGACUGGCAGAUCCCCUUCGGACGCCGCUUCCGCAGCCUGAAGGUCUGGUUCGUGAUCCGCUCCUACGGCAUCAAGGGGCUGCAGGCACACAUCCGGAAGCACGUGGGGCUCGGGGAGACGUUUGCGGAGUUGGUGAAGUCAAGGAGCGAUUUGUUCGAAAUUGUCUCUGGACCCAGAUUCGCAUUGACUGUAAUCAAGCUGAAGACAAAGGGGGCGGCCGCUACGUUGGAGGAGCAGAAUGCUCUGACCCAAAAGAUGCACGAGGCGGUGAAUGCUGGCGGCAAGAUUUUCCUUUCUAGCACUGUGGUGGGUGGCAUUUUUGCAAUCAGACACUGUCCAGCUACCCCGUUUGUCGAGGAGCAACAUGUCAGGAAGCAUUUCGAAGUUCUCGUGGAAGCAGCUGAGAAAACUACUGCUUGA